AUGAGUUUCGGCUUUAGCGUGGGGGAUUUCCUCGCGACUUUGAAACUCGCCGAUGAAUUGAAAAAGCGGUUUGCGCAAGCUCCCAGUGAGUUCAAGGCUAUUUCUGGAGAGGUUAAAAGCUUGUGGGCUGUCCUCCAUGAUCUCAAUGACAUUCCGAAAGAGGGCCUCAGCGUGCACCAGAAAAGCGAAAUGGAAUCAAUUGUUCAAAAAGGCCGUGAGGUGCUGCUAGAGAUUGAAAGCAAGUUGAGCAAGUACAACGUUCUUGCAUUUGCGACUUCGAACUGGAAGAACAAGGCUCUUCGAGCAUGGAGCCGAAUCAAUUGGGAUCCGGCUGAAGUCCACAGCUUGCGGAGUCGCAUCACGUCUUGCAUUUCGCUUUUCAAUUUGGUUAUGGCGAAAAUCAAUCAGGAUCUGACCCUGGAAAUUGGAGCGGAGGUCCAUUCCAUGAAGGAGAAUCGCGACACUCAGCUACGCAAUGGAAUGCUCCCAUGGAUUUGUGCGAUAGAUCCCUCGGAGCGACAAAGUAAAGUCUUUAACAUGCGCCGUGAAGGAACAGGCAAAUGGUUCCUGGAAAGUGAGCAAUUCCUCCUCUGGAUCGCCAGUGAAAAGGAAAAGACCCUGCUCUGUACUGGAGCUCCAGGGGCCGGCAAGACAGUACUUACUUCUAUCGUCAUUGACCAUCUUGAGAAAAAGUUUUCCAAUGAUGACAGUGUUGCGAUUACUUAUAUUUACUUCGACUUUCGGCAACGACUUGAAUUUUCCAAUCUCAUUUCGAGUCUUCUUAGACAAUUGCUCCAGGGGAACCCAGGCCUCUGUGGAACAAUCUCUGAUUUGCAUUCUCGACGCCAACAAAAUCCUAGUCAUUUAUCUGAGGAGGAAGUUCAAAAGGAACUCGAGUUGGUGAUAUCUCAGUGCAGCGAGGUGUUCUUUCUCAUUGGCGCACUAGAUGAGUGCUUGGAUGUUCUCAUACGAUAUUCGAAUAUCAAGCUCCUUGCAACCACGCGGCACGACGAUAAAUUUGGCAAGGCCUUUCUCAGCAAGGGUCUCACCAUGGAAAUCAAAGCAAGCAGAGAAGAUGUGGGAAUUUUUCUUGAUGCAAGCCUGGAUUAUCUUCCGGGGUUCAUUCAGAGGAAACCAGAGCUUUGGGGCUAUAUUCGGAAUCAGAUCAUUGAAUCCGCUGGGGGAAUGUUUCUGCUCGCCCGUCUCUAUUUGAAUCUACUAUUGGAUGAGAAGAACGAGAAAAGAGUUCGAAUCCUAGGCGCUCAGUUUCAAACUGGCUCAGGCGCAUACGAUCAUGCAUAUGAUGACACCAUGAAGAGAAUUGAGCAGCAAAGCUCCUUUUCCCAGGACCUUGCCAAGAGGAUUCUAGGAUGGGUUACAUUCUCGGCACGACCACUUACCGCUACUGAGCUGCAAGAUGCUAUUGCAGUCGAAAUUGGAGAGCCUGAAUUCGACCAAACGAACAUAAUAGACAUCGAGGAGAUGAUCUCUGUCUGCUCCGGUUUGAUCGUUGUAGAGGAAAACAGUAACAUCGCUAAGCUUGUACAUUUUACAGCUCAAGAAUAUCUGAAACGCACGUGCAAGUCUUGGUAUCCCGAUGUUCAUGAAUUUCUCACAAACACCUGUCUCACGUAUCUGUCGUUCGACAACUUUGAUGAUCCUUGUUUGGCCCAAGAUGAGCCUAAAGUACAGCGAGGGGAGUACCAGUUUUAUCAAUACUCGGCUCAUGAGCUAGGGUCCCAUCUCCGCCAGAGCCUUGGAAAUGACUCCCUUCUCCCUGCAUUCAUCGGAAAUGAUGCCAAAGUUUCUCGGUGCAUGCGAGAAAUCUUCGGUCUGUCAGGAACCGAAUGCGGUUUCACAGGACUCCAUCUUGCCUCACUAUUUGGCCUUGAACACAUUGUAGAGGGAUUCUCCCAUACUGGCAGCAAUUUCAAUAUCUGGGACUAUCUUGGCCGCACGCCUCUUAUAUGGGCUGCAGGGUCUGGCAACGAGACAGUAGUCAGUCUACUACUUGACCCUGGAGCUGACCCCAACUCUGCGACAAAGGAGAGCUUCACGCCACUCUUCUACGCUGCAGCCUACGGUCAUGCCGCAGUGGUUAGACUUUUGAUUGAUGGAGGUGCCAAUGUCAAUUUUAAAAACAAAAACAACGAGACCCCGGUCUUCUUCGCUGCGAAAGGUGGUGGUGGAGUCCGACUCGGUCCUAGAUCACUAUUCAGCAUGGGUGAUCAUGCGUGGGUUAUAAAAUUGCUACUCGACGCAGGUGCUAAUCUUGACCCCGAAAACGUUCGUCAUGAAACCCCCUUGCAUGCAGCAGCAGCAAAUAAUGGCCAUGCGGUGGCGGUUAGACUGCUUCUUGAGAGGAACGCCAACAUAAACUCAUAUCACAGUAACUAUUGCGGUCUCGAGCUCAUCCCAGCAGCUCCUCUGACCGCCGCAGCAAGAAAGGGCCACGUCAAAAUCACCAAAAUGCUCCUUGAAAGUGGUGCAGACACUCCAUUCCUGUUAAAGAACACAAAUCUGCCGCCUUCCUCUUAUGCGCUGUCUUGUUUAUCAAAGUCAGCUAUAGGUGAAGACGAAAGUUCUUUCACAGCAAUACUUCAAGAGUCUGGUGACCCAAGCUUCCGAGAUGAGUUCGAGCGCCUUCCAUUGCACUGGGCAGCUUCGCGAGGCGACGGCAUUUUGGUGCAGCGCAUUUUGAAGGCCGGAUGUAACUCGAAUCCCAAGGACAUAUUUGGCAGAACACCAUUGUUUGCAGCCGUUUGUAGGGACAGAGUUAACGUUGUGAAAGUGUUGCUUGACCACCCCGACAUCGACGCCCAAAUUGAAGACAAGCUGGGAUUUACUCCCCUUCAAGAGUCCAGUAGAAGACAAAGGUCCUCUAUCAAAGUCUCUUUUUCCACGGGAGAAAACAGUGUAGGACCUUGGGAUGAGGUUACCAAUCUUCUCAAAGUCAAGACUGGACUGCGUGAGGAAUGUCUACUCAACGCCAACGUCCCCCUUAUCCCCAGAUAUGAUCUCCCGCAAGCGGCCUUUUACAGAUAUUGUGAUGUCUGUCUUAGGAACAUGUUAGGCGGUUCAGAAUGCGAGAGCUGCAACAUAGUCACUAAGAAGGACGGCACUUCUGGGGGCACUGUUAUAUAUUGUGAAUUCUGCAUUCCGGGGGUAAAAGAUUGUCCACUUUGUGGGCAAUCGUUUUGA